AUGUACAAUGUCAGUAAUGUGGAUGAUUGUUGGGAGAUGGAUUUGUGUGACAUGCAGGCUCUCAAAACUUACAACGAUAACUUUGCAUAUCUUCUUGUCGUAAUAGAUAUUCUUAGUAAAUACGCUUGGGUCGAGCCGCUUUAUGACAAAAGUGUCAAGAGCGUCGUAAGUGCUUUUGAUAAAAUCCUAAAAAGAGCUAAUGGUCGCUCACCUGCACUUGUACAAACAAAUAAAGUUGCACGUAAUCCUGACGUUAAAGCAGCAGUUGUGGAACGUCUUAAUCGAACCCUCAAUGAAAGAAUGUUUAGUGGUAUAAAAAUGAUUCCUGCCAAAGUGAAUAUGCGAAACGCCGAUGAGGCUAGAAAAAAUUUACAGAAAAGAGCACUAAGUCAGCGUAAACAGUCUAGAGUAGGUAUAUAUAGAGUAGGUGAGCACGUUCGCAUCAGUCGAACAAAAGGUACCUUCGACAAAGGAUACGAGAAGAACUACAGCGAAGAGAUCUUUAGAGUACAUAAAGUUUCACGUCGACAGAAUCUUUAUACCUACUAA